AUGCCGCGACCCGUUGCCAUCGCGCGACCGCCGUCCGUCUGCCAAAUCUGCGAUUCACUCUCAGCCCAACGCGUCCGAUCCGCCAAGCCAAUCUUUACCGCGCGGAACGUCUAUACACUACAGGGCCGGACGCGACAAGAUGUCAUGACGCGGAAGCUCGUAGGCAGGCGUCUUUUAUCGUCGGCGGUGCUGCCGUCUGGGACUACUUCGACCGAGAGGAACGAUAUUGGGAACACGGGUGAGGACCGUAGCCAUGCAGCUGCUCGGACGCCGCCCACGGCAGGCCGUGAACUAUCGUCCAUUACAAACAUGAUUACCUUCCUCGAGAGGAGCAGCGAUCGGGUCCUGACCAACAGGGACAUCCCACCAGAAGCCGACGUGAGCGCAGCUCUUCGAGCGUGUCGCAUCUUGGCUGACUACAUCAUGGACGAUUCAGUCCAACCCCAGAUCGCUCACAUGGUGAGCGAACUGGAUUCGACAGCCUCGACUCUUCUUUCAUUGGAUGCUACCAAACCAUCCCAAGCUUCCACGUCGUCGGAAACGGCUGGCACAAGGAUAUCCACGCAACUCCAGCAGAUGAUCGACAAGAUAUCAGAUACCGCUUAUACCGUCCUGGCCCACCAGCCUGUGUUUAUCACGCCAAGCCUUCUGGAGCAGUAUGUCGGCGUACAAGCCCGCCUGGGCAAGCCGGAGACACUGCCCAGGAUGUUUCAACUGUAUGCUUCGAAGCCAAUGCCCAUCGAGGGCGUGCGGCCCCCAAAGUACGUGAAGCAGAACCCCAACAAGAUCGCAAAUGCGAUCGAUUCAAAGGUUUCCAAGGCGGCCCUCGACACUGCCAUCGAAGCAAAGCACCUUGACGCCGCAGUCGGCAUCAUCGAGAAUACCUAUACCACCAAAGCGUUUGUGCGAAACAAGCUCACCCGCCAGGCUUUACUUCCGUUGGGAGCGUUUGCAGCAACGCCUUUAGCCGCCUACGGGUUGGCCAAAUCCUUCUCCGGUGUACAACAGGCCAUGGAUACUGCGUAUGCGACCAAUGUGGCAUUUGCCGGCAUCGUCGCAUACGUGGGCUUCACAGCCUCGAUCGGCUUUGUUGCGCUGACGACGGCCAACGACCAGAUGAAGCGGGUUACUUGGGCUCCGGGUGUGCCCCUACGCAAGCGCUGGAUCAGGGAAGAAGAGAGGGCUGCAUUCGACAAGAUAGCCUGUGCAUGGGGGUUCAAAGAGAAAUGGCGCCAAGGCGAGGAGGAAGGGCCUGAAUGGGAUGCCCUGCGCGAGUACAUUGGUCAGAAAGGGAUGGUGCUGGACCGGACCGAGCUAAUGGAGGGCAUGGAGUAG